CACAUAUCAGUAUACGCGUGUCUGGAAGACAGUGCACAAGCACACAGCAGGGUGCAUGCACAUAGAAAUAUCUGUGCGCGGAUAAGUUUAGAAGUUCAUGACGUGGUUCAAGUGAAAUAUAUUUUCUUUAAACCAAGAUGGGGAAGUGGAUUAGUUUGGCUGUGAGUUUGUAUGUGAUACUGGAGUUGGUGGUUUGUGAGGUCGGGGACGAUGGAGGACAAGGAGAUGGAGGAGGUGGAGGAGGGAGACGAGUUGAGAAAUCUAUAAACUGGGACGAACUGGACGAUUUACCCCCCGAGUGGGACUCUGGUCUGGACGAUCUUCUCUCCCUAUCUACGACAUACUGGGAGCCAGGACUAGGUCCAAGAACUCCAAGGAAGGUUCCAUCAGCAUUCGAGAAUAAUCUACUGGAGGAGGGAAGGGCGGAGGAAUGGAAAGGGGUGGAGGAGGAGGGACGGAUGGCGGAGACACCCUCCGCCGGACAGUUGAAUGAUAUGAUGCAUGAUGCAAUGCACACUGUCAACCGUAUUCUAUACCAUCUAGAGAGGGAUAGAGGAGAUAAGAGAAUUUUGCCGAAGAAAGCGACAAGAAAUGUUACUUUAGCUGCUCUUCUUAUAGAAGAGGUCACUAGGACCCUCACUAACAAAUACUCUUUACCCCCCUGGGAAGUUGGAUCUAAAAUGAAGGUUCUGCCAAUACAGGAAACCAUGUUGUCUGAGAUGUGUCCUGAUCUUGAAUCUGCAUUCUGUUUCCCUCACAAGUACCGGACUAUCAACGCAGAGUGUAAUAACGUGAAGAACCCAACCUGGGGAAUCACUGGUGCAGCAUAUCUCCGUGUACUGCAGCCUAUGUACGAAGACGGUGUUGGAACACCCCGUGAAUCAGGGUCUACUGGACACCUUCCAGAUGCACUUUAUGUGUCAUCCAUGCUCCUCCCUCAACGAAGUGUUCCUCAUGAACAUCUUACUGCGCUGACCGCAAUCUGGGGUCAGAUGGUAUGGCAUGAUGUCUCCUACACUCUACCAAUCUCAGGGUAUGCUGACUGCUGUGAUCCGAUCUCCAGAACUGAAGAGCAUAAGGAGUGUCUUCAGAUCAUGAUGUCAAAUUUUACCUGUCAAGCAUAUGUCAGAUCUGCCAUUGGAUUGAAGCCGGGUUGUCAGCUUGGCCCAAGGGAACAAAUGAACUUUGCAACUGCAUUUAUUGACGGGAGCGCUAUCUAUGGUUCAACACCAGAAUCAGCUGAUAAACUCAGAGAGUUCGACGGGGGAUUCCUCAAGGUGGAUGCUGGUAAUCUGUUACCGGAAGACGACUACAACCCGAACUGUAGACCGGAACAGCCAGAUAGCAGCGCCUCUAAAUGCCUCAGAUCUGGUGAUGAACGAGUAAACUUUAAUGCUGGAUUAGCUUCUCUCCAUACUGUACUUGUGAGAGAGCAUAAUAGAAUUGCCUCUCUGUUAGAAACUGUGAAUCCACAUUGGGACGAGGAAACACUGUACCAGGAAUCUAGGAAAAUUCUUGGAGCGCAGAUUCAACAUAUAACUUAUAAUGAGUUCCUACCCGCAAUACUAGGAGAAGUUCUGACUGAAACAUUUCAACUUAAAUCCAAGGGAAACGGUUACCACAUGGGAUAUAACGAUGAAUUGCCUGCAACUACUCUUAACAGUGUUGGGAAUGCAGUUCUACCUUUCAUCCUUUCCCUUCUACCCUCUAGCUUAGCCUUCUAUACACCAGGUGGAGAGAAGAAAUCAACUGUUUUAUUCAACUCCACCUACUGGGCCCCUUUCUCCGCCCAUGACCAAGCUACUGUACAGGAACUACUGAUUGGACUGGUAAACACCAAGGCUGAGAAGGUUGAUCUCAAUAUUGCUCCAAACACAAAGUUCUAUCUGCAGCAAGACAAGAUGGCUGAUGUAAUCCAAGCUGGGAGAGAUCAUGGACUUCCAACAUAUACUCAGGUUCGAGAAUACUGUGGUCUACCGAAUGUUGAUAGUUUCUCCGGACUGAACAACACAAUCACAGAGGAGAACAUAGCUUUACUCCAGGGGGUUUACCAGCACCAUACAGAUAUAGAUCUACUCCUUGGAGGUCUAGCUGAGCGCCCUCUUUCAGGAGCUGUUGUCGGACCGACUUUUGGUUGUCUUCUGGGUCAACAGUUUCAGAUUCUCAAGCUAGGAGAUAGAUUCUGGUAUGAAAACAACAUCCCACCCUCAGCAUUCACAAAAGAUCAACUGCAAGAAUUGAGGAAAGUGAGCCUAGCCUCCAUGCUUUGUGAGAAUCUGGACUCCGUGUACAUGGUUCAGCCGGACGUGUUUAUUUCCCGUGACCCCUACCUCAACUCCCCGGUGACCUGUGAUGUUUUCCCGCGGAUUAAUAUUGAACUCUGGAAAACAGAUUCACCCGCUCUCCAGGUUCCCGAGGCAAUCCUGAUCCAGACUUUGAAGAAAGGAACAGAAGGUCUAGCACAGAGAAGGAAGGAGGAACACCAUCUCUGGACUAGAAAUAUGGGAGCUCACCCUAAGUCUGCCCAGGGUACGGCGUUUGGGUUCAGUAAACCCACAAGGGAGGCCCUCCUACUGUCAAACACUUCACUUCUUCUAGAAUACACUUCAAGGGUCUUCAUCGACUCACUUCAAGAGCCCCGGAACCAGCGAAUUAAACGUCAAGUUAGCAACGAAUUCGACGGAAAUAAUCUGAACAGUAUCGUUAACGUGAACGAGUUCGCCAACGGUUUAACGAACAUUGACGUAACAAGAGUUGUCAGUACAGUGCCAACCGGAAGUUUGGCACAGUGUGCUAAAGAAGAAAAUCAUUCACCUUGCGAUCAUACCUAUAAGUACAGAACGUUUAAUGGUUGGUGUAACAACUUGAAUAAUCCUCGCUACGGGAAAAGUAUUUCUCCAUUGCUUCGAUUCCUCCCUGCUCAAUACGAUGACGCGAUUUCUCGUCCCCGAUUCCGAUCUGUCGGCGGUAAACCGCUGCCGUCUCCCCGCCUUGUCUCUAUAGUCGUUCACGCCGACGUUUCCCAUCUUCAUUCAAGAUAUACCUUGGCUCUGAUGCAGUUUGGACAAUUUCUAGAUCACGAUCUUACACUUACACCAGUUAAUAAGGAGAGUCUGCACGUUACGAUGGAGUUUUAUAGGACAAGAUCGGUUAACAGUGUGUUAUACAGGUUACCAACGAAAAAUGAGACAAUGUCUUUUACUUCUAGAACUGUUUUCUUUUUCAGAAAUGACCCAUAUUUCCCAGCUUUGAAUAUAUCAUCAGGGCGGCCUCAUUGUAUAGCAUUCACCCGUUCACUGCCCGGGCAACAACGAUUAGGACCUAGAGAGCAGUUGAACCAGGAUACUGCUUUCCUAGACUCUAGUCAAAUAUACGGACAGAAUAUCUGUGAUGGGGACUCUCUCAGAGAGUUUAACGCCGGCAGGCUUAAUAUGACUCUUCCAGAACAUCCCAGGGGUAAGGAGUUGAUGCCGACAGUCAGCGAUCAUGCAGAAUGCAAGGCUGAAUCUGGAAAAUGCUUUAAAGCUGGAGAUAUGCGCGCAAGUGAACAGCCAGCACUCGCCGCUCUCCACACGAUCUUCCUGAGGGAGCACAAUAGGAUCGUCGGCCAGCUCCAGCGCAUCAAUCCUCACUGGGACGACGAGAAGCUGUUCCAGGAGGGUCGAAGGAUCAUGGGAGCUCAGAAUCAACAUAUCACUUACAAUGAGUUCUUACCAAGGAUUAUCGGAUUAAACGCUAUGAAUCGUUAUGAUCUACGAGUUGGAACUGAAGGAUACAGUAACGAAUAUGAUCCAACGUGCAAUCCAUCCAUCUUUAACGAGUUCGCGACAGCUGCAUUCAGAUUCGGCCAUUCUCUGAUUCGUCCGAUGCUUACAAGAAUGUCGGGUCAGUUUAAAGAGAUGGAUUCUCAUAUUAGGUCCACGUUAAAAACUGUAAAAACACAUUCCAGUGAGAUUACCAACCAUCUGUUCGAGGAGAAAAAUAUUCCUAAAUCUGGUCUUGACCUCGCCGCCUUAAAUAUACAACGAGGUCGAGACCACGGCCUCAAAUCAUACAACGAGUACAGGGUCGCCUGCAACCUCAAGCGCGCGCACAACUUUGAUGAUCUUGUGCACGAAAUUAACCCGGAUGUUGUAAAGAGGCUGAAGCAGAUUUAUUAUUCAGUAGAGGAUAUUGACCUCUUUACUGGAGGUCUUAGUGAGGUAUCCCUGAAAGGAGCUCUAGUUGGACCAACCUUUGCCUGCAUUAUCGGAAUCCAGUUCCAAAAUAUCAAAAAAUGCGACAGGUUCUGGUAUGAAACCUCCGAGGCUUCUGUGAGGUUUACCGAGGCCCAGCUGACUGAGAUUAGAAAGGCAACCCUAGCCAAGAUUAUCUGUGAGAACUGUGAUGUAGUGGAUAAAAUACAAAAAUCUGUAUUUGAUCAACCUCAUGAGUUCCUUAAUGAGAGAGUUCCUUGCAGAAACCUGCCUUCAAUAAAUCUUAACCUUUGGAAGGAAGAAACCCACAAGUGUAAGGUUGAUGGGAUUGAUAUACCCUUGGGAGCUUCAAGACGUAUUUCUCCAUGCACAUCCUGCACCUGCACUACAGAAAACGCUGAAUGUCAAUCCCUGCGUGUGAAUAACUGCCGUCAGCUGAUUGCCGAGGUCGGUGAAGAGGCGGUUAGAAGAGAUAAUAUCUGUAAAACUCAAUGCUCCUUUGCUCUUAACUCCCCUGAUGCUACAACUGAGGGUGUGCUCACUGCCCCUCCGCCCCCACCUGCUCCUAGUCCUCCCAGAGCCCCCCAACGGGGUUCAAUCCGGGCACCAAACUCUCCCCGUGCCCCACUCCGGCCAUCGAUCAAAGCUCCGAGUUUCUUCAGUUCUCCAUCAGGACCUAGAUCACAACCCGUCUCGGUUACAGGAACAGCUCAGGGUCCCAGUAUACCUAUAGUUCCUGUCCAAUCAGCUGGUGUUCCUAUAGGAUCUGGCACAGGAGGUGUGUCUGGAGUUCCUAUUGGAACAGGAACUCCUUUAGGGUCUGGUGUUCCUCUAGGACAAGGAUCAGGUCCAGUCCUACAAGGCGGUCCUGUUCUUCAGAGUGGAGUUCCUAACUCCCGUCAACCACGUCCACUCUUCACUUUCCCAAGCUUGAGGCUUCCCAACUUGUCAGACAUUUUCGGAAUCUAAAAAGUAAAUAUGUCGUCUUUGUUUUACACAGAAGAGUUCGCUCGCUCAACCAUCCAUUUGGUUUGGUGUGACAACGACGACAUUCAGGAGAACCGCUGCCAUAUUGUAUUGAAUUUUUGUUAUUGAUGUGAUAAAUCAAUAAGAGAAAAGAUCAGGGAAACUGGGCAUUACGUACUUUGCACGACAAAAAUUUACCCUGAGCUCUUUUCCCGCCAAGUGUGGCAUCCAUUGAUCGUUUGUUUUUAUCUUUUCCAUUUCUUGUUUUAUGCUUUACUCAUAUCCUCAAAGCCAGAAUUUUUGAUUUUUAUUCUAGGAUCGAUGAGUUAGAAUUAUUUACGCGACACUCAGAGAAAGCUUAACAAAACUGCUUAAAUCUUGACAAUUGAACAAUGGCGUCCUAUUUCGUUAAAUUUAACCUUUCUCCAUUUCUUGAUCAAAAAUCCGUGUCUUGAUUGAAAUAUUCGUGUAUUUAUUUAGAUUUGUUAAUUGUAUUUAUAAGUAUCUACUUAUUUAUCUAUUUAUUUAUUCAUUUAUUGAAACCUACUUUUAAUGUCUUUUUAACUCUUAAUAUCUAUCUUAUGCAAUCAAAUUACUGUCGUAGAUUGGCAUUGCAUCUCCAACCCCCAUUCGUGUGCCAUCAGCAAAAGUUUUAAAAUUUUAAUUUUUAAAGUCAUUAAAAAUUAUAUUGGUUAAAAUGAGAGCUAAGAAAUUAAAUUGCUAGUCUUUGGCCUAUAGUAAGAUCAAAGCCAUCAAGGUCUUGUAAGCGUAAUUUGAAAUAAUUUUCUAAGUAAAAAGUGCCAUCAAUCAUCCAUAAUAGAAAUAAAAGGGGGAAAAUUUCGAUCUUUUUCCCUAAUUUUAUAUUUAUCUAGUGCUUAUAUGCAUAGAUUGAAAAGGCACUGUUGUAACAUGUUUCAGUGGUACUCUUUAAAGGGAUGUAUUGUAAACCUUUUUAUAAUUACGCUGUAAAUCCCUUUAUCAAUUCUGAAUAUAAUGUAAACUGAUGCACGACCCUAUACUACCUUUCACUGAUUUCCUCAACUUAAUGUUGAAAAAACAGAAAACAAUGCAUUUGAAUAAGUCGAACAAUCUCUCCCCUCUCUAUCAUAAAACACUGUAAAAGCUCUACUAAAACCCUUUUUGUAUAUUUCAAACAAUUUGUUCUGAAAAAAAAUUCACAUCAAAACAAAGUAUAUGAAUGUACAUUGUGCAAUGUGUAAAAAUUAUUGUUCCAAAUUAUGUCAGCUGUUGACUGUACGAAAAUAUUACUGUACGUAACCUGGUACAAUUCGGCCGUCCAACUUUCGCGCAUUCCUACUUCCGGCUUCCCUAUUUGAAACACUGCAGGAAUCCUUUUUUUAAUUCAGCAUAAAAAAUUCAAAUCCGAAAAAAAUAUUUAUUUUAAUUUUGUGUUUUAACCUUUCCUAGUCAAAAACCAUGAGUCUGAUUUAAAAAAUACGGUUGUAUGAGAAAUAAAAGCUUUUGUAUUAGAAAUGUGAGCUAUUCACAGAUUAGUGAUUUUAUUGCGUGCUUAGUAAAACAUAUAUGUAGAUAAACAAGAAUUGGCAAUCUGAGCAAACAUUUCCUAUUUUUCCCAUCUUAGUGUAUACAUUUAUUUAUUGUGAUUCCUACACAAGAAGUUAAGUUAAUAUUCCUACUGUUAUUAUCGUUAAUAUAUUAUUUAUUUAUUUAUUUA